CCAGGCUAAACCUCACAGGGUUACACUAAAAAGAAUAAGGUUUGCGCACCGCAACCAUCACUCUACUCUUUCUUAGCUCACAAUGCCGGGUGCGACACUACCUAGCUACCCUGUAAAUUAUAGGGCAGUAGGUAGGUAGGGACGGCACCUACCUCAUAAGUAAGCUGACUUGCAUUCAGGAGCUCACGAAAAAAAAAAAAAAAAAAAAAAGGUACCGAUUUGAUAUUGGCCGACUAUCGGCCGUAGCUGCGUAGCAAACGAGACCCUUGAGAGAAAGAAACUGCAGCCUUGUGAAUUAACAUCUUUUACUCCUUACAUCUUGAACUGAUUGUGAGACAUUGCCCACCACUUGCGCUUCACCCCGCUCGUAAGUGAGGAGGGUCUUUGUACUCCAAUACAAAACUCUGCUCGACUACCUAUAUCUUCUGGUUGCGCAACGAUUUCUUCGUCUUCUUCUUGACUGUUAUACCCAAGCCAAUACCGACCUGUUGAACCAGAAUAGUGACCAUGGAUACCAUCAUUGACAUCAAGGACGCCUCUAAGGCCCUUGAUCUAUCUAACAUUCGCUUUCAGUUGAUUCGACUAGAGGAUACGAUCACUUUCCACCUGAUCGAACGAGUUCAGUUCCCGCUCAACAAGACCAUCUAUAUCCCCGGAGCAAUAGAGAUUGGCCAGGACAGUAAGCUCAGCUUCAUGGAUUGGUACUUGAAAGAGCAAGAGAAGCUACAGUCUCUGAUCCGACGCUACGAGGCACCCGACGAGUACCCUUUCUUCCCUGACGCGCUGCAGAAGCCCAUAUUAAAACCUCUCAACUACCCUAAGGUUCUGCACCCGAAUACGGUCAACGUCAACGAGAAGAUCAAGGCGUUCUACACUGAACAGUUCUUGCCGGCCGUGUGCCCGGACUUCGGGCGCCCAGAUCGCGGCGAAUCGGAGGAAAACUACGGUUCCUCUGCUACGUGCGACAUUGCCUGUCUCCAGGCCCUCUCGCGAAGAAUACACUUCGGUAUGUUCGUAGCAGAAUCGAAGUUCCAGUCCGACCCGGAGACAUAUACUCGAUUGAUCAAGGCGGGUGACCGUGACGGAAUCGGCGAGUCUAUCACAAAUGCAGCGGUCGAGAAGCAAGUUCUGGCGCGGUUGGGACUGAAGGCGCGCACCUACGGCACAGAUCCAUCUACGAAUGGUUCGGAAGAUGAUCGCAAGAUCAAUGUUGAAGCAGUAGUUUCCAUGUACAGGGACUUUGUCAUCCCGUUAACGAAAGAGGUCGAGGUGGAAUAUCUAAUGCAGCGACUAGACUAGGCGAAUCACGGAGCUAGACAUGGAAGGCUAGAUAAAAAAAAAU